AUCCGGAAUUGUUCUGGUUUUUUAUUUGGUUUUUAAAAUACUUGCGCAUGCUCACUGAAAAUUUUGCGUCCAUAUUUUGUUUACUUUUGGACAACCACAGGCGCAUUAUUAUAUGUCAUUUAAUUUUGACACUCUGGAACCGAAGAUUGUGAAAUGGAUAUAUAAAAGAGAAGAAAAGAAAAUGAUUUAGCAGAAGUACAUUCGUUUUUAACUCAUCGUUCUGUGAAUCACAUCGAAUCAAUCAACUUAAUUUUUUGAAGCACAUGUCAGCAUUUCAGCAAGGUGAUUCUUCGUCCGAACAUUGACUCGGAGGAAGUGUUGUCGUCAUCACCGCAUUGAUUCCUCUUCAUUGAUAUCGGUGGUUCACUUUCCAAACCUGUAUAAUGGGAAACACGUCUGCGUCGUCUGCAUCGCGGAGUAGGCACAUUUCUGGAGAUGAAACGGGUCCCUCCCUCACCGCUGGUAGAUUCCUCUCGGACUCCAAUUCCAGUACCCAAGACACUUACGAAGCCUUAAUAAAAUCUGGAUAUAGGAGACAGAGAGCAGCCACAACUCAGAGUCAAGGAGAUACAGCUGCCAUUAAGACAAAAUUGCUACCAACGGUUUUUAAAUGGGACGGUGGAGGAAAAGAAGUAUACAUAACAGGAACAUUUAACAACUGGCAACAAAAAAUCCCACUGGUUAAGAGUCAUGAUGGUGAGUUUCUCACCAUUAUUGAUCUACCUGAAGGAGAAUACCAAUAUAGAUUUUAUGUUGAUGGCAACAUGUGUGUAGACAACAAUGAGCCUGUAGUAACAAAUGACAAAGGAACUCAAAAUAAUGUGAUAUCUGUGAAGAAGUCAGACUUUGAGGUGUUUGAGGCACUGGCUCUCGACAGCUUGAAUACCAACAGCAACAAGAAAGGAUUGGACACACCUGGGUCUCCCACUGGGGAAUACUGUCAAGAUGUCCCUCCCAGGAAACCGGGAGAGAAGCACAGUGGACCGCCAAUUCUACCUCCCCAUCUGCUACAAGUGAUACUAAACAAAGAUACUCCAGCACACUGUGAGCCAACUUUACUACCGGAACCCAACCAUGUGAUGCUAAAUCAUCUGUAUGCCUUGUCUAUAAAAGACGGAGUUAUGGUUCUUAGUGCCACUCAUAGAUUUAGGAAGAAAUAUGUAACCACAUUGUUGUAUAAGCCAAUAUGAGACUGACUUUAUGAUUACAUAGUGACAUUUUAUCAAAUUAUUCAGUAGAUAGUAUUUUAACUUUUUCCUUUCUCUCCAUGCAAUGGCUUUAUGAUUAGACACCUGUAUUAGAACUGAAACAUGAUUGAUUCUAGUCUGAAGAUGUGACUGUCUGUCUGUGCUAUGUAGGGCUGUAACAAUGCACUAGACUAAAACACCUAUACCAAAAUAUUACAUAAAACAAAUAUUUUAUAUUAUAACCUGAAAUAUGUUUACAGAUGUAUCAAAAUAUAUCAUAUUUUCGGCAUUUUUAUAUUCAAUUUUGAUCAAUUUGAAUGACACAUAUCUCAUACAGCACAUACUGAAUAUAUUGCUUGUAAAAUUGAACUCUUUCACUAGACCCUCCACGAGUCGUUAAAGUCUCGGCAUAUCAUUAUGUCGUGAUAUGCCUUAGCUAUAUUGUUACAUCCCAGUGCUAGUUUAAGCCCCAGUAAUGCUAUGCAGGCUCAUUUGAUUCUUUUAUUUCUAAAUUAAAAUGUAAAAAAAAAAGUAUAUAUGUAUUGAAUACACUCUGCUAAAAAAAGGAAGGUUUUUAUAAAGUUUUAUUGGAAUUGUACUUAUUUAUUCUAAGCUUCAUGCUUAUAUAGCAAACUGUGUUAGUGGUUUUCUAAUAUAUAGUUUAAGGUAUGCAAUUGUUUUCUCUGAAAGUUAUGAGAAUAUUUCCCCAUGAUCUAUCAUUUACUGUAUAUAAAUGUAUCAGCAAAUAUUUGUACAUGUAUAAGAACUGUAACUGAGGCCAUGAUAGUAUGGAAGUAUUCAGUUGAGAUGAAUAGUUCGAUAUAAAUGAAAUAAAUAAAAAAAAAAUGCAAUAAUCAGUCAUUACAUUGUGUGAUGAAGAUUAAAAUCGUAUAGAUCACCGCUGCUUAACUUUUUCACACAGGUAUCUAGAUGUCUAGAUAUUGUUUAACUCUCUGAAAUGGUGGGGGAUAAAACUUGAUUAGAUGUAGGCUUUGUUCUUUGCAUGGAUAAUUGACACUGUAUGAUGAAGUUUGUUUUGUUGAGAAGAAAUGACUGAUCUCCUCCAUGUUGUGUGUUUUUAUCUGUUUGUUGAGAUCAAACUCUGGCCAUUGAUCGACGCCUACUGAUGUUCAGUGUCCUUGUUUGUUAAUUUGUGUGCGAAUGCAGUGAGAAAGGCAGAAGUUUGUUACCAUGUUACCUUGUGUUAAAAUUUGGGUUAAUGUACAUAACAGUAGUACACGCACAUAUUAUGAUACCAGUAUAUCUGUGUACAGGCACUUGUGUAAUCACGCUAGCGCACACCUAUUUUUAUUUGACAUUUUGAUGUGUGAUUGUUGAUUCUAUUACGCUACCAUCCGCUGUAGACUCAUCCCGUAGUAAAGAUUGCGUUGUCUCAGUCAUGUCACUAAUGGCAGCUGCAGGGAGAAUCAGGCAGAUUUGAAAAUUACAAGUGUUUGCAUAUUUUUACUAUGGGGGGCUUUCUGUUAAGAAGUGAAAUUUUAUAUGAGAAGGUGAUCCUUGAUACGAAUUUUAAUCAACUGUUAAGUUAAUUAGUAGUACCCUAACACAAUCGACUGUUGUGUUAAAUAGUAGUACCCUAACACAGUAUGCAGCACGUGCUUUAUAUUUGGGGUUUAGGUGUAUGGCUGUUUCUUUGCCAUUAUCAAUCAUUCCUUUUAGUCCUUUUGCAGGUUGUGAAUUAUUGUAAAAGAAAGAGAAAAGUUCAUUUAAUUUACUCCUGUUUCGUUAGAUAACAUUUUUUGAGGUGUGCUCUUUUUAAUUAUUUAGAAUUAAAGUGCUACCAAAUCAUAGUGCAAGUGGUUUGUUCCAAAUAAUUAUUCUUUAAAUAGACAACAUUUAGUAAUAUUUCUUUAAGCACAUGAAAUGGCAGGGCCAGAGUUUACCGAGUAUGAUUUAUGUUUGAUUGAUUUAUUGAUUGAUUGUGAUUGAUUUUGUUGAUCUGUCGCCCUAGAGGCCUAUGAUACGUCAUUUUGUAUCGGGGAAGUGUUUGAUGUUAUGUAUGUGAAAUUAAAGGGUUGACUUUCAGAAGACCUAUGUGUGUAUAGUAAAAAUUUUCUCGUGGCGGUACCUCUUUGAGAUGGCUACCAGAGUGAGUAAUUUAAUGUAUCAAUGUGCAAUGGAAUUGGAGUAUCGCGUCUCUCCCGCCUUCGGCCAUACUAGAAGGGAAUGACGUCAUAUUGUCAGAUGACAUCGUUUUUAAUCGAAUUUUACUGAUAUUUUGUGUAACAUAAUUUUUAUAUGUCAUCUUGUUAUUUUCACGCAUUGUGUAUGAUUUGACCAUUGAAUAUAUUUAAAGAUACAAGUUGUUGCAAUAUUAUUGAUAACUGUACCUUGGAAAGCUUUCUUUGCACAAAACAUGUCUUGGAUUGAUUUCACCUAUCAAUCUGGAAAAUAGAUGUCUGUUAAUUUAAUUUCUGUAUGAUAACUUUCUGUUCAUGUAAUUCGUAAGUGAAAUAUAUAUCAGAAGGAUUGUACAUGCAUAGUAUAUAACUUAACCAACAGAAUACUGAAACAAUAAAGGACAGAAUAAG